GACGGCACGCGCCCUGGCACAAAGGUUCGAGACCGACCUCGACCCUGGAGCAAAGUGACCGGCUCAGUGCUCCAGGCCGUGAGGACAAGGCCAACUCUUGGAGACUCUCGGGCGUUCAGUGUGCCGGAAGUCAGCUGGGACCUGGGUCAGAGCCAUGCCUGGAGGCCCUAGCGGGGAGUGCAGGUCCAGGCGGUGACCUUGGCCAGAGCGGGGGCGGGCUGGGGGCCAUUGGACUCCGACCCCGGACCUGCUGCUGCAGCCCAGCGCCUCCCCUGGCCUCCCUGCAGCCACCAUGGUGCUCCCUGGGUACGCCGUCUUCUGGGCUGUGCUGCUGGCAACGGGCACGCUGGGCCGCAGGGUUCAGAAGCCGGCGGGACCCACGUCCCUCAUCACCACGGUCCAGCCCAAGGCUGGCUUUGACGCUCAGCGGUUUGCAGGGACCUGGCUGCUGGCGGCUGUGGGCUCCGCCUGCCGCUCCCUGCAGGAGCAGGGCCACCGGGUGGAGGCCACGACACUGCACGUGGCCCCCCAGGGCGCAGCCUUGGCGGUCAGCACCUUCCGCAAGCUCAAUGGGAUCUGUUGGCAGGUGCGCCAGCACUACGGGGACACGCGGGUCCUUGGCCGCUUCCUGCUGCGAGGCCAAGGACCCCGGGGUCCAGUGCACGUGGUCGUGGCUGAGACAGACUACCAAAGCUUUGCCGUCCUCUACCAGGAGCGUGGGCGGACGCUGUCGGUGAAGCUGUAUGUGCGCUCCUUUCCUGUCAGUGGCUCGGCCCUGGAUGAGUUUGAGAGGCGAGUGGCCGAGGCCAGCCUCACACAGGACAACGUAAUCUUCUUCCCCACCUACGGCUUCUGCGAGGCGGCCGACCAGUUCCAUGUCCUGGACGAGGUGAGGCGUUGAUGGCCCACAGCAGAAGCUGGACCCUGCGCUUGGAGCCGCCUCCACCCUGGAACCUGC